AUGACCGACAUCGUUGGCAUUAUUGAUAGGGUCAUUUUAUUGGGCCAGCAAAUUGCUGAGCGAUUGGAAGCGUAUAAAGAGGCUGUCGAGAGUCUCUCAAAGUUGGAAAAAAUUUUAGAAAUGCUCAAAGCUAUGUUCAAAAACAUUGUUACCGCCAGUAUUGAUAAGGCCUAUAUUGUCAGUAUCAAGGACACCCUUGAACGAACCGAAAAGGUUUAUAUAAAGUGUGUUGGGGACCUUACCAUAAAAGACAAAAAGUCUUUCACUGGAAAGGUCAAGAAAGUCGUUGGAAUAUAUAAAGCCCCCAGUAUUCUAGCUGACAUCCAAAAGUCCAUCAUGGACGUUGAAACCCAUCUUAACAUCACAGAUACUGCUUUGAGUAUCGCACAACGCGCUCAGACUGUAUCCGCAUCAACAAUCGUUUCAACAACUACCUCAACAUCAACUUUAACAACCGCUUCUACAAACAUCAUUAGUUCGGAAUUGAAAGAUGCCCUUGCCAAUACAAUUGAUGAAUUAGUGACAAGGCUUAAAAGCGAUUGUCAGCAGCUUCAAGAAAAACUCGAACGUUGUACACUUUCCACCGAACCUUUUUUUUUUGAAAGGUUUUCAAGAGAUAAUCCUGAGGCGAUUUCAUUUUGGAAGGAACGUUUCAGGUCUGCUGAGCUCACCAUAUCAUCUGUUGCCCCUUACGAGAAUAUGUACGUCUCAUGGGCUCGAUUUAUUCAUGAACUCGAGGUAACCUUUGAGCUGAGGAAUAUUCCAACCGCAACCAAGGAGGAUUACUUCGGUUCCAUCGAUGACAUCCGCCGGUAUGGUAACAGAUAUUACAUCGAUUCAAAUGGGACGCGCAAUCUUAAAGACAUUCGACCACUAUGGAUUCCAUCCUUGCGAAAAGCAUUGGAUCCACUUCAUAAAGGUUACAUUAAACCACAUGAUUAUUUGAAUUUCCUUGGUAAAGAUUCGUUGUCCAACAAAUUGAGGCAAGUCGUUCUCGAUAGCU